UUAUCUUGAACUAAGUGACAUCUUAGUAGAAAGUGCUUCCGCUGGAUAUAUUUUCGUUUUGGGUAUAAUUAUAUUGGAGAAUGGCAGAUAUAUCAAGUUUCUGGGGUCCUGUCACAUCGACCACAGAGUGGUGUGAGAAGAAUUAUGUCUAUUCUUCUUAUAUUGCAGAAUUUUUUAACACAGUAUCGAAUGUACCUUCCAUAAUCUUGGCUCUCAUUGGGCUUAUAAUUUCCUUGAGACAACGGUUUGAGAAGAGAUUUAGUAUUCUUCAUUUAUCUAACAUGAUACUUGCCAUUGGUAGCAUGCUAUUCCAUGCCACAUUACAGCAUGUGCAACAGCAAAGUGAUGAAACUCCAAUGGUCUGGGAGAUACUCCUCUACAUCUACAUCCUAUACUCUCCAGAUUGGCACUACAGGAGUACAAUGCCCACAUUUCUGUUUCUCUAUGGUGCAGUCUUCGCCAUUGUCCAUUCACAGUUUCGGUUUGUCAUUGGCUUCAAGGUGCAUUAUGUGAUCCUCUGCCUUAUCUGCAUCCCCCGGACGUACAAGUAUUAUAUUUACAUUGAAGAUGUGGCAGCAAAGCGGCUUGCCAAGCUCUACAUUGGAACUCUAAUUUUGGGAAGUAUUUGUUGGUUGUGUGAUCGAUUGUUAUGCAAGGUAAUAUCACGCUGGUAUUUUAACCCACAGGGUCACGCAUUGUGGCAUGUUUUUAUGGGAUUCAACUCCUACUUUGCCAACACAUUCUUGAUGUUCUGUCGUGCUCAGCAACGGGGAUGGGCCCCGAGGAUCAUCCACUUCCUUGGGUUUUUUCCCUAUGUUAAGAUCCAGAAGCCAAAGACCCAGUGAAUGAUGAUUACAAUGAAUAGCUUCUCAUUUUUUUUUUUUUCUGAGGUACUUAAUUGCUUUCCCCAAGCUGAGCAAAAGCAUGCAAGUAGUCAAGAGUUUCUGUUUUAUUCUUCUAAGUUGUAAAUGGUGAUCAAAAACUGGUGAUUGUCUGGGUUCUCAUUAGAAGUCUCAAGUGUAAACCUAGCAUGUGCACAAAGAUGAGAUCAGGUGGAUCUUGGUAGGUUUUUUGUCUUAAGAGAUUUUAUUUUCUUUCUCCAUUUCUUUAGAAACAGUCGAAAGGUAUUUUGUUAUUGAUCACAGGAAAAAGUUUGUUAUAGGGAAUCUUGAUCCAAAUGGUUUGAGAGUUUGCCUGGAACUUUCCACAGCC